UCUCUCUCUCUCUCUCUCUCUCUCUCUCUCUCUCUCUCUCUCUCUCUAGAACUGAUUGCUACUCUCAAAGAAAUGACUUCGCUGCUUCACCCAGCUUCGCCAUUCUCUCUCGCUUCUCGCGAAUCUCUACGCACUCGCACUUUUCUCCCUAACCGUUCUUGCUCUCGAAUCGCAGCCCCAAACGGCGUGAGGUGUAAUGUGGGAGAUCCUUUGAAAUAUGCAAAUGGUAAGCCAUCAACUCCACUAUUGAAGACUGAAGAAAUGGCGCCCAACUUUUUGGCCACGGAAACGCAUUUGGUGAAUGCAACUACCAAGAACGAUACAAGACUCAGGAUAUUUUCCGGCACUGCAAACCCUGCGCUUUCUCAGGAAAUUGCUUGCAACAUGGGUCUGGAACUUGGAAAGAUUAAGAUAAAACGCUUUGCUGAUGGAGAGAUAUAUGUUCAGUUGCAAGAAAGUGUGAGAGGGUGUGAUGUAUAUCUUGUGCAACCCACAUGCCCUCCUGCAAAUGAAAACCUUAUGGAGCUUCUGAUAAUGAUUGAUGCCUGUCGGAGGGCGUCAGCCAAGAAUAUUACCGCUGUGAUUCCAUAUUUUGGAUAUGCCAGGGCUGAUAGAAAGACUCAAGGGCGUGAAUCUAUUGCAGCCAAACUUGUUGCAAAUUUAAUUACAGAAGCAGGUGCAAAUCGUGUUCUUGCAUGUGAUCUUCAUUCUGGGCAGUCUAUGGGAUAUUUUGAUAUUCCUGUGGAUCAUGUAUAUGGCCAGCCUGUGAUCCUUGAUUACCUCGCCAGCAAGACUAUAUGCUCUGAUGAUUUGGUAGUGGUCUCACCUGAUGUUGGGGGUGUUGCUAGAGCUCGUGCGUUUGCAAAAAAAUUAUCUGAUGCUCCUCUAGCCAUUGUUGAUAAAAGACGCCAUGGGCACAAUGUGGCAGAGGUGAUGAAUUUGAUAGGUGACGUGAAGGGAAAAGUAGCAGUUAUGGUGGAUGACAUGAUUGACACAGCUGGGACUAUCACGAAGGGUGCAGCUUUACUACAUCAAGAGGGCGCCAGGGAAGUCUAUGCAUGCAGUACACAUGCGGUUUUUAGCCCUCCUGCUAUAGAGAGGCUGUCUAGUGGUUUGUUUCAAGAGGUGAUCAUAACAAAUACCAUUCCAGUGUCAGAGCAGAAUUAUUUUCCCCAGCUAACUGUCUUGUCAGUAGCAAAUCUUCUGGGCGAGACCAUAUGGCGUGUUCAUGAUGACUGCUCUGGUGUCCUUGAACCCUUUUCCACCUUGGGCAUUGAUUGAUCAAAUUCAUGUCGGCGGUGCGCUUCCCAGCUUCUGUUAGACUGUUACUGCCAAAUAGCUACCUUGUCGGAAACAAGAUUGUCAAUAGAAAAAUAAAAGAAUUUUUUUUCCAGAUAGAGGCCCUGCUUUAUAGGUUGUUGUUUCGAAACUUUGUACAAUCGGAGGUUGAUUGGAAGAUACUUAUCAGCACUUGAAUUGAACCCCACCUAGGGCAUCAUUGAAUCGCAUUUCCCUUUUUUCUCCCUUUAGAGGAAAAUGGUUGGUGAACUAUAUUACAUAAUCAGCAUUGUUGUAUGAUAUCACCGUUUUGUCCUUGUAAGCUCCCAUUUUGUCAAGUAAUCAAUCAUAUUAUUGCUUGCGUUUUGUUUUUCUCAUUCAA